AUGGGAACCAAACUCUUAACAGAUUCUUUAAAAAUAUCUAAGAUGCUUAAAGAUAUGAUUAAUAUACUUGCAACAAAAUGCAAUAUAAAAAAAGAUGUUUUAAGAAAGUUACAAAUAACUGAGAUUCUCCAAGAAGCGAAUAUGAUGCAAGUAAUUACUAUAGAUCUUCUAAUGAAAUAUGUUACUUACAUCUAUCGUCAAAAAUUUUAUAAAGUUCCUAGUCAUUUAAACAAAUAUCAACCACUUGAAUUCAUUAUAAUAGAGAUUUCCAAGCUUAUAGCAGAGAAUAAUGAACUUAAAAAGAAGAAGGCUGAAUUCUUGGCUAAGGAAGCAGGACUUAUAGCUAGAAUUGUAGAAUUAGAAUGCAUGACAAAAGAAAAUAUUAAGCAUAAAGCUGAAGGAGUAUCUUUUGCAGAAGAUAUCACACAGUCUCAAGCAUGUUCACCAUUGAUGGUUUUCACUAUUAUGGCUGAAAGUAAAGCUACAGAGCAAACACAAGUCUCUUAUAGUGCAAGAGAAAUUUCUAGCCUUACUAAUGCACAAAUUCAGAAUAUUACUCACAAAGUAAGGGCACUUAUGUGUUUAAAUCAGGUGAAUUCAAAAACUGUUCCCUUGGUGAAUGAUCAAACCAAGAAAAUUUUGCCUAAAACAGAAACUAAGGUAAGUAUGACUACUAAAUCGAUUUCUUUAAAUUCAUUCCAAAAAAAUAAUCAAGAUGAGUCAAAAGCUCAAAACUCUGCUUUCUCAAAAUUACCAGAAGCUGAAGUAAUUGGGGGUAAUGCUAUCAUUAGUCUUGAAGGUAGUAGUAUUGUUAGUCUUGGAGGUGGUAGCAUUGUUGGUCUUAGGAGUGAUGCUAUCUUUAGUGCUCAUUUUAUAGUUUUAAAUAAAAAAUAUA